AUGGAUACCCUCGUAGCGCAAUACAGCAGGCCGAUGUUCGAGAAGGAGAACAUCUCGGAAGAGGAUCAACUAGAGCUGUACCAAGCUACCCCAAGCUUGUCCCUCAAGUUCGCCAUGCCUCCUGUAGCUCAACCUUCCGCUUGGCUUCGAGCCGCAACAGACGACCAUGCCAACCCCAACUGCCCCAUCAAGAUCGCACACGGUACUACAACAUUAGCAUUCAGAUUCCAGGGCGGUAUUAUCGUAGCUACGGACUCGAGAGCGACGGCUGGCAACUGGAUUGCGUCGCAGACGGUCAAGAAGGUCAUCGAGAUCAACAGUUGUUUACUUGGUACAAUGGCUGGUGGAGCUGCUGAUUGUCAAUACUGGCUCGCCUACCUAGGAAUGCAAUGCCGCCUGCACGAACUCCGCCACAAACGCCGCAUCUCCGUCGCCGCCGCCUCCAAGAUCCUCGCCAACCUCGUCUACUCGUACAAGGGCAGGGGCCUGUCCAUGGGCACCAUGUGCGCCGGCGUGACGCCUUCGGAAGGCCCCGCGCUCUACUACAUCGACUCGGACGGCACGCGGCUGGCAGGAAACCUCUUCUGCGUUGGUUCUGGCCAGACGUUUGCUUAUGGUGUGCUGGAUGCGGAAUAUCGGUAUGAUUUGAGCGAGAAGGAGGCGCUGGAGCUAGGCAGUAGGAGUAUUUUGGCUGCGACGCAUAGGGAUGCAUACUCGGGUGGGUUUAUUAACUUGUAUCACGUCAAGGAGGAUGGAUGGGUGAAGCAUGGUUUCAGUGAUACGAACCCGAUUUUCUGGAAGACGAAGCUGGAGAAGGGCGAGUUCUCAAAUGUUACGAGCGAGCUGGUGUAA